UCAACUGCCGCGCUUAUUCUACUUCUAUGACACAGGGAAAAAAACAGUAGCACGCCGCUUGCUUCACCGUGGGAGAUAGAAGAACGGCACCCGAACAGCAUAGCAUCCGAGCCGCACCGACAGUCCGCAUCAGACCAGCCUCAGUGUAGUGCACCCUAAUGGCAACGGAGGACAAAGGAAACACGGCGGCGCCCCAGGCUUUACCGGAAACGGGAUCCCUUUCAGCAGCAACAACACACGGCAAUCUAAACAAUAAUAACAACAACAAUAACAACAACAAAGACAACGAGGGAAGCGAAGGUGCCACAACAGCCACGGCUACAGCUGUUGAAUCCAGUGGCUCUGAAAAUAUCAUAGGAAACGGUUCAGCUGUGAAUACCACCGGAGGCAGUAACGGCAAAUGGGUCCGUCUGAACGUCGGUGGGACGGUGUUUCUAACAACACGACAAACGCUGCUAAAGGAACAGACUUCAUUUCUGUACCGACUGUGCCAGCAGCAAGACUUGCAUUCGGACACGGAUGAAACUGGCGCUUAUGUGAUUGACCGAGAUCCCACCUAUUUUGGUCCCAUACUCAACUAUCUGCGACAUGGGAAGCUGGUUUAUAACAAGGAGUUGGCAGAAGAAGGUGUCUUGGAGGAAGCAGAGUUCUACAACAUCACACCGCUGAUUAAAUUAAUCAAAGAAAGGAUUCUUGAGCGAGACUCCAAGGCUACACAAGUACCACCAAAGCACGUGUAUCGGGUGUUGCAGUGUCAGGAAGAGGAGCUGACCCAGAUGGUGUCCACCAUGUCGGACGGCUGGAAGUUUGAGCAGGUCAGCGUGCGCGCCUGCCGAAAACCCCGCCCCGGACUGCUCUGGACUAUGGUGAACAUUGGCUCAUCUUACAGCUAUGGAACAGAGGACCAGGCUGAAUUUCUGUGUGUGGUGUCAAAAGAGCUGCACACCUCGGGUGGGGGUUUGGGGACGGAGCAGAGCCACAAGACUAAGACCUCGGACACACAGGAGGAAGAUGGAGCGAGGAAGGAGGAGGAGGAGGAUGAGGAGGAAGUGGGAGAAAGAAAUGCCACCCCCAAUGAGUGGAUUAGAGAUUAGCAGAAACUUGUGUCAAAGGAAUUGCUGUUCCAGAUCCAUGGGUCCCGGAUGUAGGAUACAAAGAAUUUUAUUUUUCUAGAUAUCCAUGUUUUUUCCAUAUGCUCAUGAUGCUGUUUUUAUAGCCAGACUUUUUUAGAUUUGUUGACUCGAACAACGGGUAUUAGUGGGGGACUUCACAACCAGCAGCAAAAACAAAUGAAUUGAAAUCCUAAAAGCAAAAAGCACCUGAGGUGUUAAGAAAAGAUCACAAUUACUAUCUUAGUACAUGGUGCAACAUAGUUAUAGUAAUGUAUGUAAAUACAAUGCAUUUAAACACUAACUAAAAGACUUAAGGCCUCUUCACACCAAGAAAGAUUACUAUAACGAUAGCUAUAUUAGCAUCGUUCUGAGAUCGGCUUCUCUGUCACUUUAAAUGUUCGAGCUGGAUGGAUUCUGAUUGGCUGUCAUUCAUCAGCUAGAUAAAAUCUUUCUGAAAGUGAUUCCAACGAUAUCGUUUCUCUGUGCUGUUAUCGAUAUAGCUGUGGUGUGAACUCUGCUAUUCUUUAAUAUUGAGAACGAUUUACAGAACUAUAUCUUUAUAGUUAUCGUUCUUGGUGUGACCGGGGCUUUAGUCUGGCAAUGUGAGACUGUAAUCAGUUAUUGAGUAUUUAGUGUUUAGGUUUUGCACAUUUGCUAUAGCAGAAGAAGGGCGAAGGGUCGUGUCCUGUUCCAUCCAGCAUCAGUUGUGGGUAAAUAGCCAGCAGUGUCACCCUGGCAGACCACCAGCAGUGCACUUUACCCAAAUUUACAGUCUGUUAAAGUUCAUUUUGACAGUUGUUGGCACCGGUUAGAAGGUCACGGUGUCAUUAGAGGUCAUUGGGAUAUUACAGGGCUCGGGAGAAUUCUGGUUGCGUUUGUAUGCUGUACGUGGAUUUUUACAGUUUUUCUGAAUUGCUAAAACACAUUUCUUGAAACCAUCACUCACUUUCUCAAAACCUUAUACACAAAACCACAUUUUCCUCAAACAAUUGCCUCAAAAUCAUUUUUUCUGUGCUCAAAAUCAAACAAUGCUCUCAGAUCAUACAUACAGCAAUUCAAAAUUAUAAACACUACAGCACUACAUAAAAAAAUGAAGAACACAGAAUCCAAAGCAUGCAGUUACUGAAAAAAAGUAUAUUGUAACUAAAUAAACUCAUUUUGCAAAUAUGUAAAAAAAAAGUAUAAUGACAAUUUACAGUAAUAAGGUGAAUAAAUUAUUUUACUGUAUCCACUGCAAGUGUAUUGUACUGAAUGUUUAAUAGUAGGCAUAUCGAAUGUCUGUAUAUUCACCACUUGCAUACUGUGAAAAUACAGCGACCCAACUACAAAAGCCAAAAAUGUCACCGUAAAAAACCUCAAUGAAAAGCAUGUUACAGUAAAGUACACUCAGAAGAGGUCAGUGAGAGAGACUGAUUCUGCUUCAGCAUCAUGUCUUCAUUUUGGUCCGACCGGAGGAGUUUCUCCACAUCUCAGACUAUGUCAUCUCUGAGGUAAAGGGAAAAACCCUGAAGCAGAUCCAGCCUCGACAACACUAUACACACCUGUUCUUCCUCGUCCUCAUCCUCUUCCUGCUUGUUCAGUACCUCUUACACAUACUCCUCUGUCUCUCCAUCAUUUUGAGUAAAUUGUGGGACUGACUCUGAACUGACUUGUAUUAUGUAGAGUUGGUUGGGUCACAUCAUUAGAAAUAAGUGUGAACAAUUUUGAGUCGUUGUGUGUAAACGGUGAGGACUGUGUUGCAGUUGUGUUUAGCAUUUUGCAACACAGUGCAGAAUGUGUUU